AUGGCGACCAAUGACGACACUGCCACUCGUGUGGUCGUGCUCUCGGCCGAACGGGAGUGGAGAUUUGAGUGCUCGAGACUAACCGAGACAGUCGCCCCCGUUAUUGCGAGGAACUCUCUUCCGGGUGCUCACUUGAAUUUCCAGUUACCCCGCCCAGUCAGACACGACGCACACCAGUUCAGGCAACCUCGGAUGGAAGGCCAGCCAAACGCCCCCGUCGGCUCGACAACCAACGACUCCGCCACCGAUCGAUGUAGCCGAUUGGGAUUCGGUGAGGGUUGUAUGGCUGGCCGUGGCUUGUAUGGAGCUAAUUCUGGAUUUCGAACGCAGGUUGGACGAGCGAAGAGGCUGCCUGAGCAGUUGGAACAGCACGGAAAGGCUGCUGUGUACAUGGAACGCAUGUCUAGCGACCUUUGUCCGCCGAAAUCGAUGUCCAUUAACGUCAUCUUCUUCGGAGAACAACCCUUGAAGCCAGUGCAGCGACACAUAAAAGACGACAUUGCACCGUAUCAUUAUGGCGGAAAGUUGGCCUCACUCGACGGACAAGGUCCUCGAGCUCAUGCGCACUGGCCAGGCACUGGCAUACCGACAUCGCAUCCUCGCAGCUGGUUGUCACCCUGA